GAGAGAGAGAGAGAGAGAGAGAGGGGCGAUGGAUCGGGCUCACGGGAACCUCCGCUGCUUGGUGUGCAACGACGAGAUCGAGCUCCCCCACCAAGCGAACUGCUCCCACUGGUUCUGCGGGCACUGCAUUCUGGGGGUUUGGCACCAUGGAUCGGCCCUUAGGCCGUGCAAUUGUCCCACUUGCCAUCGUCCUAUAACUCUGCUCAUACCAUCUGAGGAUGCAUUGUGGCGGCGCUAUGAUUCUGAAGCAAGUUUGGUCAUGGAGAGGAUUGAGAAAUACAACAGCCGUUUCGGCAGAUCUUCACAAGGCUUCCUUCAGUGCUUGAUGGAUCUACCAUUCUAUAUUCAGAGGCUGUCCAGAGAAUUAAUGGAUCCUCAAGGCUCGCUUCCUCUUCUGUUUCAUGUUCAAGUCUUCAUGACAGUACUUCUUGGUUGCUUAUACAUUCUGAGUCCGAUCGACGUUUUCUCCGAAAGAAUCUUCGGACCCGUUGGAUUGAUCGACGAUGCGCUCGUCUUGCUCUUUGUUUUCGUCCACAUCGCUUCGAUCUACCGCUCGGCACUUCUCCUCCGGUAUGGAGGUUUUUGAAAAACCCUUCUCUUCUUAUUCCCUCUUUGCC